CAGAGGACUGACUUCCGUUUUCAUGUUGGGUCCAGGUCUCUUCUGACAGACUCAGAGCUUUCUGUCGCUUUAAUAAACUAACAGUCACCGAGUGUUUUCGUAACGGAGCGAGUGAAGGUCCUUUAUUUCAUCCUGAAGCCAGUUUGAGCCUUUUAUUCUGCUUCAUCCUCGGAAAAAACACGACUGUUUACCUAGCUAGCUGGCUAGCAUCAGCCAGCUGAGGUAAAUCACCUAACAUGUUUCGGUUCUUGAAUGACGCUGAUGACGACCCCUACAUGAUGGAUCCAUUUGCAGCUCACAGGCAGCAGAUGAGGAGUCUGUUUGGACCGUUUGGUAUGGACCCUUUUGCUCUCGCCCCCCAGAUGCAGCCCCUCCGUGCACCACGCCGACCAGCAACUGCCGGUCAGCUUGCUCCCUUUGGCAUGAUGGGAAUGGGUGGAGGAUUCAUGGAUAUGUUUGGCAUGAUGGGAGAAAUGAUGGAAAACAUGGAAAGGAUGUCCGGUUCACCAAACUGUCAGACGUUCUCCUCUUCAACAGUGAUCUCCUACUCAUCCACAGACCCAGGGGCUCCUAACGUGUAUCAGCAAACCAGUUCAUCAAGAACAGGCCCAGGAGGGAUCCGUGAGACACGACAGUCCGUCCGGGACAGUGAGAGCGGUCUGGAACGGCUUGCCAUCGGCCACCACAUCGGGGAACGUGCACACAUCAUGGAGCGUUCGCGAAAUCGCCGCACCGGAGACCGCGAAGAUCGGCAAGACUUUAUUAACCUCGAUGAGAGUGAUGCUUUAGCAUUUGAUGAGGAGUGGAGGAGGGAGGCAGGAAGAUACGCUCCCCCGAAUGCCCGAGGGAUUGAGUACGGCCGAGAUCGACGGGCAGGAGGCCAGCAGCUGGCUCUUACUGCCCCUCCCAGCUCAACAACCCCACCAGGCCAUCGACAUGAGUCUCCCCGACACCGCCAGCCUCAAACCCGUCCACGUUACGACUGGUGAGAGGUGUCACACUGGAAAAGGUGAGCAGGUGGAAGGAGUUGAGGGAAGAUUUCCCCCGAUGCUGUGAACCACGCUGAAGACGGAAGUUGAUGACUGACACAACUGCUCGUCGUAAAUGUUUGAUAUGACUGGACUGUCUCUACAUAAACAACAUAUUACACACACAACAAAACCCCACACUCUUGAUAGCUACAUUUACAGUUAUACUUCUAGGCUGUUACUCUCCGAAACACACACACACACACGCACACACACACACACACACACACACGCACACACACAUACAAAGGCACCCUGUGCAAACAUGGGUAUAACUACACUUUAUAUAUACUCAUUCUCAAAACUUGACAUGUGUUUUUGCCCACUGCACUUAAGUGCUAAAGUAUACAGUGCAUCUGCUGUACAGUCCAUUUUAUGUUGUGAGGACACUAGUGUGUCUGUGAAUUGAAUUGUAUACUGUUAACUAAUUAAACUAAAUAAAAGUUCAUUAAACAUUGUUAGAUAAUUGCAAAAUGUCUCUUUU